AUGUCGAAAGAGAACCGCGCCUUCGAUACCCAGAGAUUGGGUGCUGGUUAUGGCUUCGAGUCGCACCCAAAGCGCGCUAUUGAAAUGCCCCCAACAUGGGUCCUUCUCGUAGGCUUGGGCUUUCUGCUAUGUGCAAUGGGCUUCUGGCUCUACAUAGCAUUGAAUCUCCUAGCACCCACUCCACGACUGCCACGACGCUCCGAGAAACAAUACACGACAAUUCUACCCGACGGCGCAAGAAGCCAUCCAAAGGAACUUCCGUGUUGGCUGGAUAAAUGGGCGGCAGAGAAGGAGGCAGCGAAGAAAGAAGCAGCGAAAGAGCCAGGAAGCAAGGUUGUCAUACCACCCCAGAUGCCUAUUGAGGAACCAGAGCUGUUCAUGAGCGUCGUGGUACCCGCAUACAACGAGGAAGAGCGUCUGGAGGGCAUGUUGGAAGAGGCCGUUGACUAUCUGGAGAGUCAAUAUGGCAAUGCGCAUGCUGGUGGGAAGGGUGAGAAGAGUCAGAAAGGAUGGGAGAUCCUCAUUGUGAGUGAUGGCAGUACCGAUGGCACCGUUGACAAAGCGCUGGAGUUUGCGAAGGAGCAUCAACUCAGCCAGCAUCCAAAGUCAAAGCCAGGGCCAUGGUCGAAAAACGGUGACGCAAAGGCACCACAUUCCACACACAUUCCACACGGCAGCAUUCGCGUCAUUACACUUGAAGAGAACAGAGGCAAAGGUGGAGCUGUCACACAUGGCAUGCGACACGUUCGAGGCCAGUACAUCGUCUUCGCGGACGCAGACGGCGCAAGUCGCUUCUCUGACCUCGGAGCGCUUGUCGAUGGCUGCCAAAGCAUAGAGGACAAACAUGGACGUGGUGUCGCCAUCGGUUCACGAGCUCACCUUGUCGGUAGUGAAGCCGUUGUCCAGCGCUCCAAGCUCCGCAACUUUCUCAUGCACUCGUUCCACAUCCUCCUGCGGAUCAUGACACCUCCGGCUACUGCGCGCAUCAAGGACACACAGUGCGGCUUCAAGCUGUUCUCGCGACCGGCGUUGCCGUACAUUGUCCCGUACAUGCACUCUGAAGGUUGGAUCUUUGAUGUCGAGAUGUUGAUGCUCGCUGAAAGUGCUGAUAUCGCCAUGAUUGAAGUUGCGAUCGGGUGGAAGGAGGUCAUGGGCAGUAAGCUGAAUGUAGUCUGGGAUAGCAUUGGGAUGGCGUGGGGUCUCGCGCUUUUGAGAGCUUGUUGGAUAGCAGGCAUCUAUCGUAGAGACUAA